AUGGAGUCAUUCCUCAAAUAUGUAGAGGGCAAUGCAAGCAACAAUUUGAUGUUGAUUGAUCUUAGUUAUAAUCAGUUGCAGGGUCAACUACCACGCUCAUUGUCCAACUGUAUGAUGCUAGAAGGUAUUCUUGUCUCCAACAAUCGAUUGAAUGACGUUUUUCCAACUUGGUUGGGGUCCCUUCCGAAGUUGAAACUUCUUACAGUGUGUAAGAAUGAGUUCUAUGGUGAAAUUGGGAAUCCUGAAAAGGAUUUCGAGUUCCCUAAGCUGCAGAUGAUUGAUUUGUCUUACAAUAAUUUCUCUGGUGAAUUGCCAUCUCGAUACAUCUUCACUUGGAAUUCCAUGAAGCCUGGAUUCCUCGCACGCUUCAACGUCUCUCACAACAAUCUGACAGGGCCUAUACCGCAAGGGAAACAAUUUAAUACAUUUGACAAUAGUUCGUUCGAGGGAAAUCCAGGAUUGUGCGGUAAUCCAUUGUCGAGGAAACGUGGAGAUUUACAGUUCUCGCCGACGCCAACUUCGACUUCUGGACAAGUUGAUGAUUCCGAGUUUCUUUUCAUAUUGGAUUGGAAGUUUUCAAUGGCAGGUUUUAUGAGUGGACUAGUUGUUGAAGUGGUUCUUGGGAACAUUAUGAUCACAAGGAGGCAUGCAUGGUUGGAAAAGAUUCUAUCAAGAAUGAGUAGAGGGAGGUGGGAUUAG